AAUGAAGCUCCUGUUUCAUUUGCUUUCCCUUGCUCUCAUCAUAACCUCUGCAUUUUGUGGAGUCAAGGACUUCAUUGAACAUUUUGAAAGCCUUAAAGGUGCACAGCCACAUGAAAAUGGGACUUACGAUAUGCCAAACUUACCACCAGAGUUUCACAGAGAAAACACUAUCACUAAUGACUUGAUUCCUGAAGAGGAGGAGGAAGAAGACUACCUAGAUCUCGACAAGAUACUGGGUGAAGAUGACUACAGUGACAUUAUUGAUGCUGGCCCAUACAUGGUUUCUGAAAUUCGGCAAGGAAAUAUUCUUGAAUUAUUCCAAGGCAAAACCAGAAUUCAGCGCCUCAAUAUCCUCAAUGCAAACUUUGGUUUCAACCUUUACCGCAGCGUGGCAGACAAAGCCAACUCUUCAGACAAUAUUCUCAUGGCUCCUGUUGGCAUUUCCACCGCAAUGGCUAUGAUUUCUCUGGGUCUGAAGGGUUUGCAGGAAGUAUUAUCUGCUCUUGGCUUUCAAGACUUCAUUAACGCCAGCACCAAAUACGAGCUCAUGACCGUUCAUAAUCUCUUCCGCAAACUCACGCAUCGGCUCUUCAGGCGCAAUUUUGGUUACACGCUGAGGUCUGUCAAUGACCUUUAUAUUCACAAGGACUUCUCUAUUCUGAACGAUUUCAGAAACAAUAUGAAAACAUAUUACUUUGCUGAUGCCCAACCAGCCGAUUUUUCAGAUCCUAACUUCAUAACUAAAACCAAUGAGCGCAUCUUGAAGCUGACCAAAGGGUUAAUAAAGGAAGCUCUUGUGAAUGUGAACCCUAUAACCCUGAUGAUGAUUCUUAACUGCCUUUACUUUAAAGGAACUUGGGAGAAUAAGUUUCCAGUGGAAAUGACCACAAAGAGAAGCUUCCGACUGAACGAGAAGCAAACAAUAAAGGUUCCUAUGAUGCAGACCAAAGCGAACUUCCUCGCUGCUGCAGACCCCGAGCUGGACUGUGGCGUGAUCCAGCUCCCGUUCGUGGGGAACAUCAGUAUGCUGAUCGUACUUCCACACAAGCUCUCUGGCAUGAAAGCCCUAGAAAAGCAGAUAACACCUCAAGUGGUGGAAAAAUGGCAGAAGAGCAUGACAAACAGAACAAGAGAAGUGGUUCUGCCUAAAUUUAAGCUGGAGAAGAGUUAUAACUUGAUUGGUUAUCUGACAUCCAUGGGAAUAGAAGAACUGUUCAAUGAAAAAGGCGACUACUCUGGUAUAUCAGAUGAGAAAGUCACCAUUGACAGGUUCAACCAUCAAGGCACAAUCACUGUGAAUGAGGAAGGCACAGAGGCUGGAGCAACAACCAACGUCGGGUUCAUGCCUCUUUCUGCUCAGAUUCGCUUUAUUGUCGACCGCCCCUUUUUGUUUCUGAUCUAUGAACACCGCACCAGCUGCCUUCUGUUCAUGGGUAGAGUUGUCAACCCAGCUAAGUCUUAAAAGCAGAGAAGACCUCCAACACGCUGUUCUCCAUGGGCUGUAUAAUUACAUGUUCAUAUACCAGUAUCGUAAAGGAAAUUUUAUUGCCUUAUUAGCCGAUACCACUGGUAUCAAAAGAAAAUACAUUACAUACAGGUAGUUUCACAUGAAUGGACUCAUAGCAGUAGGUAAUCUGAUUGCAAUUUAAAAUGGUUAGUGCCGUGUAUUGAUGCAAGUGUAUUAGAAGAAAAUAAAUCACAAAGUAACUUACACUUUGUGUUCUAUAAAACGUAAUCAAUAAAAUAUUUAGACUAUCUGGA